GUCAUGGCUAGGAAGCGCAAAGCAUCGCCCCGGCCAGCCGCUGCCAGGAAGAGACGCUCCGGAGGCUUGAGUGCAUCAAGGGGCGAGCCCGACGAGGAGGAGUGUGAGUAUGACAUUGAAGAGAAGAAGCCUGGUAAAAAGGAGAAUGACUCAAAAGCUCUAGAUGGGAAGAAGGAAGAAGAUUCCAACUCAGCAAAUAAGCGAUCAAAACAAAAAAGGGCAAAUUCUCUCGUAAAAGAAAGCAAAAAAACUACUAGAAAUAAAGGGGAUCAUAACAAAGAGGAAGCAUGCAGUGACUUGCUGAAGCCCUCACAAAAAGAGGUGAAGUUGAAAAGUGAAUCUCCUCUUAAAAAAGAGAUGGAUGAAGACAAUAAUGAUGAUGAGGAAGAUGAUGAUGAUGAAAGUGAAGAUGAAUGGGAGGAUGUGGAAGAACUCCAGGAACCUGUCACUGAUAAAUUAGAAGCUACUGCUCUUCCAGCAGAGGUGCUGCCAAGCAAUCCUGUUGAGAUAGAGAUUGAAACCCCUGAGCAGGUGAAGAAAAGAAAGAGGAGAGAAAAAAUGAGAGCCGAGUUUGAGAUAUAUCUUCGGAGAAUAAGGAAGCGUUUCAGCAAGGAGGUUCGUGAGGACACGCAUAAGGUUCACCUCUUGUGUUUAUUAGCAAACGGUUUCUAUAGAAACAGGAUCUGCAACCAGCCAGAUCUUCAUGCCAUUGGUCUAUCUGUCAUCCCUACCCACUUCACAAAAGUGCCUGCAAGCCAAGUGGACUUUCUCUACCUUUCCAACUUGGUAAAAUGGUUUGUGGGAACCUUCACUAUCAAUGAAGAGCUUUCCACUGAAAAAGGAGAGCCCCUUCAGUCAACCUUGGAGCGGCGCUUUGCCAUCUAUGCUGCACGAGAUGAUGAAGAGUUGGUUCAUAUAUUUUUAAUUAUUCUGAGAGCAUUACAGCUGCUCUGUCGGCUUGUGCUGUCUUUUCAGCCUGUUCCUCUUAAGGAGACAAAAGCAAAGGGAAAAAGCUCAUCCAAGAGACAGUCUCUCAGCAGUACCUCUGAGGGGCAGAAGAGCUCUGUCUCAACACCCAAAGGCGUGGCAAAAAAAUGCCCCUGCAGAAAAGACAAGGAGGAUGAGAAAUCCUCAGAGAGCAAAGAAAGCAGAGAACCAGAGAAACCCAAAACUGCUCAGACACGCAAGUCAAAGUUGACUACAAGCAGCCAGGAACAGAAGGAAUCUAAUAACGAGGAGGGCAGUUUAGCAGGAAAAGAUGUGCCAGUCAGGCCUAAAAAUGAUCGCCGGAGACGAGUUGCCUCCAAGGUGUGUUACAAAGAAGAAAGUGGAAGUGAUGAGGGCAGUGUUUCAGAGUUUGAGGUUUCAGAGGAGGAGAGCAAUCUCUCUGAUGAGGAUUUUGAAACUGUCUCUAAAAGGCGGAGGAGCUCACUGGGCUCCCAGAAUUCAAAGCAAACAACUGUAAAAAACCCAAAGACCAAGACUUCAGAAUCAAGGCCAUCCAAAACUUCGUGUGGCACUGAACCUAAGCCAGCAAUAAGUACAGCUCCAGCCUUGCCUCGUGGACAGAGAAAGAGAAACAAAAUAAUUUCUAGUGAUGAGGAUGAUGGAGAGCAGGAGGUAAGGAAAGUGAUGGGCACAGACCAGUGGCUGGAGGUUUUCCUUGAACGUGAGGACAAGUGGGUGUGUGUAGACUGUGUCCAUGGCAGCGCUGGCCAGCCCCAGCAGUGCUUCAAGUAUGCCACAAAGCCUCUUUCCUAUAUUGUGGGAUUUGACAAUGAUGGGAGUGUCAGGGAUGUGACCCAAAGAUACGACCCAGUGUGGAUGACUGCAACAAGGAAGAGUCGUGUGGACCCUGAGUGGUGGGAAGACACACUGCAGCCGUAUAAGAGUCCUUAUCUGGAAAGAGACAAGAAGGAGGAAAAUGAGUUUCAAGUUAAGCUUCAAGAUCAGCCUCUACCAACAGCAAUUGGAGAGUACAAAAACCACCCUCUUUAUGCACUGAAGAGGCACCUCUUGAAGUAUCAGGCAAUCUAUCCUGAGUCAGCUGCUAUCCUAGGGUACUGCAGGGGAGAGGCUGUCUACUCCAGAGACUGCGUACAUACCCUGCACUCCAGGGACACUUGGCUGAAGCAAGCUCGAGUGGUGAGGAUUGGAGAAGUGCCUUACAAGAUGGUGAAAGGCUUUUCCAACCAGGCGAGGAAGGCACGCCUUGCAGAGCCUGCAAACCGAGACAAAGAGGACCUGGCACUCUUUGGUCGCUGGCAGACGGAGGAGUAUCAGCCGCCUAUAGCAGUGGAUGGGAAGGUUCCUCGGAAUGAAUAUGGAAACGUCUAUCUCUUCCUACCAUCCAUGUUACCCAUUGGCUGUGUGCAGCUGAGACUCCCAAAUCUGAACAGAUUGGCACGGAAGUUGGACAUUGACUGUGCUCAAGCCAUCACUGGAUUUGAUUUUCAUGGUGGCUACUCACACCCUGUUACCGAUGGCUAUGUUGUCUGUGAGGAGUAUAAAGAGGUCCUCAUUGCUGCCUGGGAGAAUGAACAAGCAGAAAUAGAAAAGAAAGAGAAGGAGAAGCGUGAGAAAAGAGCUCUGGGGAACUGGAAGCUGCUGACAAAAGGACUUCUCAUCAGAGAGCGACUGAAGCAACGCUAUUCCAUCAAGACCGAACCAUUCGCACCCCAGAGAGAGAAAGGAGAGGGAUCCUCUUUGGAUGAUGAAGAAGGUCCAAGUUCAGAGACUGCAAUAGGGAGCACAGCCAUUUCUUGGCCCCAAAAUCGCCAGUUAGAGAAAAAAAAUGAAGAGAAGACAACCAGAAAGAGCAAGCGAGAAAAGAAAGGAGAAGCAGCACAGUUAUUCCCUUUUGAGAAACUGUGACUUUAUUUCCAGAUAGAAGAACAAUAGUCACAAUAAAAGUAUCCUUUGCCCAUGAAGGACUUAGACUUCUGUGCACUUGUGCUGCUGAGCUAUCAGGGAAUCAACCUAAUUCAGUUAUCAAGAGUUUUAUUUUGCUGUCACAGGUAAUUAGAUUAAUCUGUUUAUCACUGGAUUUCCAAAAAGCAGAUACGCAGUUGCACCUUCUAAGAUCACUUUUUGCACCCAGGGAAUUCUUGUAAAUGUUAACCAGUACCUAAGCAUUUAAAAACUGUUGACAGAGGAAUGUUAAAUCUACACAAGCUUUUUCUGCUGUUUUCUAAUAGAAAUGGUGAUCUGUCUUCAUUAUUUUUAUAACUAAACUGCACUGACACUGUCUCUUCAAAAAUAGAGGGGAAUAGACUCUAGUCAUUGCUGGACAUUGUCACAGAGGAGAAUGGCUUACAUUUAAUUAUGUUCAAAAAACUUCUAUUUUUGUACUGUAUAUGUAGAACAAAAUAAAGUAUUAAAAAAAAACAACAAAACCCAGAACCUCUCCAUUACUCUUCCUGUGGGGCCAGUACGUUGUUCUCUGAGCAGCUCUGUUUCCCUCAAAGAACUCUCACACAAGGAUAAGAGCACACUGCAGUUAUUUCCAGAAAUCACAAAUUGGGUCCCAGGAUAUCCCAGAGCUGGCUGCUUGUGAAUUGUUUUGGCUACCAAAUUCUAAAUAAAUUUUAAAAAACAACCCAAGUCAAAGGCUUAGGGAGUAGGCAUGACUUGUAUAAAAGGCUUCAAGAAAAAUUCUAAAUCUUGCAUGAGCUGGUAAAAACAGCAGAGGGCACAAAGCACAUAAUUCCUUCUGUAUUAGUCAUGCAGGAUAUGCCCUAAGAUGAGCACUUCGAAUGGAUGGGCCCACAUCCAGCUUCCGCUGGCAGAGGUAAUUUUUCAUCUGCUUAAAAUGGGAGCUGGUACCAGCUGUACCAAAGUGAUUCUGUGCUUCCUAGCUUGGGAUGUGCAGCACAGAAAAGGAAUUAGGAGGCUAGAGAGUUUAUAUAGUCAGCAGAGAGAAACAUCUUCAGAGGGC